CUCCGACGAGCGCAAUGGCCCAGAAAGUCCAGUGGACCUGCAAGCGCUUCUCCGAGCUCUCGGCCGAGCGGCUCUACGAUAUCCUUCACGCGCGCUGCUCCGUGUUUGUUGCAGAGCAAAAGUGCGUCUGGCUCGAGGUCGACAACCUCGACAAGGCGCCCACGAUGCGCCACUUGGUCGGCGCGACGCCCUCUCACCAAGUCGCAGCUUACGCGCGGCUUGUUGGCCCGGGCACCAAAGGCCCCACACAAGACUACGCGAUGAUCAGCCGCGUGCUCACGACUGCAGGCUUUCGCGGCCACGGCCUCGGGAAGACCGUCAUGAAGGAAGCGAUCGCAGCGUGCGAGGUCGAGUGGCCGGACAAAAGCAUCGUCAUCAACGCGCAGGCGUACCUCGAGCCGUUCUACAAGUCGCUUGGGUUUGUCCAGACGUCCGAGCUCUACGAAGAGGACGGUAUCAUGCACAUGGACAUGAUCCGAGUGCCGGCGUCGUCGACGAAGCGAGUGUAGUCGCCAAGAACUGAAAGAGAACUUGGUUGAUCGUGAGGCUAUCCAGUUAUAGAAGACUAUUCUCUUGUACAUCGACUAUACUCUUGUACGCUA